AUGACCUUUACCACUACAGUAACCUUUCCGCCGAACAAUGAGGCAACUUCAUCUUAUCCAUUGGAAGCCGAAGAAAAGGGAAAAAUGGCUGACGAAGCGCCGGCCUAUUCAAUCGUUUCACGGUGUGCAGCCGAGUUCUUUGGGCUUGUCGUUUUUGUUUUUGUUGGCACAGCUCAAGCACUCGCCGGUGGCGGUAUCCUGAACGCGGCUUUAGCUCAUGGCAUCACCAUCUUUAUUCUCAUCGCUGCAUUUGGAAAUCUUAGCGGUGGCCAUUUCAAUCCGGCGGUCACUCUCGGCAUCGCUGCUGUCGGACGGAUCUCGCCAGUUCAUGCCGUUUGCUACAUUCUCUCGCAACUCGGCGGCGGUUUCUUUGGGUCCCUGCUCGCCAAGCUAAUCAUGGGUGAUUCGUUUGAGAAAUUCGGCUUCGGCGCGACGAUUUUUGCCGCCAACGUCGCCUGGUAUCAGGGUCUCCUCGCCGAGCUCUUCGCCACGUUUAUGCUUGUGCAAACGGUUUUGAUGACAGCCGUUGAUACAGGCAGCAAUCAACUUGCUCCACUCGCCAUCGGAUUCACUGUUGCUGCUGACAUUCUCGCAAUUGGCACUCUCACCGGCGCGUCAAUGAAUCCCGGUCGAUCGUUUGGCCCACAAAUUGUCGGCGCUCUCUUUCACUCGUCGGCCAUUCGCCCCACCAACCGCUACUGGGCUCUGCAUUGGGUGUAUUAUCUUGGACCAUUCGGUGGAGCCAUCCUUGCCGCUGUCAUCUACAAGGUUUUCUACUCGCGAGAGAAUCGCAUUCUGAAA